AUGAUAGUUAAUAGAUUUGCUGACUUAACAGAUUCAUCAAACGAAAAUACUUCAAUUUUAGGACAGUCAACGACUUACAUACCUGAUGAAGUUUCUGGCGCUGAAAAGAUUGUUCAUUCUUUAAAUGAACUUCAAACUAAUCAAAAUUAUACGCUAAAUGAUAUAGUUAGCAAGCUAAUUCAAGUAAAAAUCGAAGUUGAAGGAGAUUUAAGUCUUAUAUACAAAUUUCCGUCCAUAAAAGAUUAUAAUGAAGAUAAAUACAAGAUUUUCCUCAAUGACAGAUUAAUUUGCUUUAAAUAUUUUAAGGAUAAUGAUGUUGUUCAUGCCAUUUCUGAUCUAAUUUCUACAAUAGAACCAUUAGAAAUCACUCCAUUAAUAGAAAAUUGUAUAAACAACGAAAAACACGACCAAACAUAUAUUGCAACGCUUUUCUUACUAUGUAUGAUUGUCAAACUACGCCCAGAUUUGAUUACACCGAAAACAUUUAACAUAGAAAAUGAGAAAUUUUUAGAAUCGAUGCCACUAAUUACAUGGAUUAUUAGUUGUUCAUUACAGAGUGACAAGAUUGCACAUCUUGAUCCUUUAGUUAGCCAUCAAAUUAUUGACAUUUUUUUAAAUAAUAGUAUUUUAUCAAAAGAUUCUAAAUAUGAUGAUGUAGCAAUAUGUGCAGCACAUUUAAUAGCUCAAUCUUACUACAAACAGAACGUUUAUCGAAUUACAAGUUCUCAUUUUGCCCAACUUACUGAAAUUUCACUUCGUCAGACAACUCCUCGCGACUGCUAUGUCGCAAAUGUACUUCUUACUACUAUGCGCUCACUAUCUGUCAGCGACAAGAAGCUGUUGGCCGCACAACUCCUUGAAGUUUUCCCUGACACACAUCUUUCCGUCAUUGAUAUCUUCAAAUACGAGGCAACACGAAAGACAAGCGCCACAUUUGUUGACGGAUGGGUGGAAGCACAUGCAACUCACAGGGAGGCAUCAAUGAAAUACCUUUGCGCUGUUGCUGGACAAGUUCCCGAAAGAAUUAUUUGUAAAUUCCCUAAAAAAGAUCUAAGAAAUGGAUCGAAUAUAGUUAGAUUGGCUCUUGUUAAUGUAGAACUGAAGAAUACAUCAACGAGAGUUUGCACAAUCUGCUUUUUCCUUUUGAUUAUUUAUUGGUUUUAUAAGAAACAUCAAUAG